ACGCAUGCGUAUCGAAGCCUCUGCUCCUCGCCAGCGGAAAGUGAGUGCAGGAAAACAAAGGCAGUGAGCCGCGGCUGGGAAAUAUAAUCUUUCAUCCUCACUGGAGCAAAAAGACUUCUGACAAUCAAUGCUUUUACGCUCAGAGAAGUGAAACCGGAGAAGUCUCCUCGUUGUUUCUGCUCAUUGUGCGCGAUUGAAGCUCCACGUUUCGCCGACAGUAAGUGUCUACAUCUGCUUUUGAGAAUCCACAGGUUCCUCCUCAUCGCCUGAUUUCUCAUCCUCAUAUUUUUCUGGAUUGUUCUGAAGCUGAGAAGUGAAAUCUGUCGUUCCAAUCGAGUUUCUCCCACGGGCUUGUCUGUGCCACCGACUGAGGGGGAUGAUGAAGUUAGUUCUGAGUAAAUAGACGAGACAUUGUGAGUUAUCUGCUUCCAGUACAUUCUUGGACCUCCCUUUUCCAGCUACUUUUUGGAACCUUCACAAACCUGAAAUCUGGACUUUCUUUGGGCUGAUUAGUUUGGUGUGGAUUUCAAGUCGUGAGGAGGAGUUAACCUGCGCGCGCAUCUUCCGUGGAGAGGCGCUGUCCGUGGUCCUGAAGUCAUUUAUUUACAACUUCUGCCAACUCCAGGGUUUCUCCAAACUGCAGCUUUAGAGAGACUUUUGGCACCAGUAGCUCCAGAAAGAGCUUAAUAUGGUAACUCAGACCAGAGUUCAUCUGCACACAUUGGUAUUUUUGAUAUUUGGUAAGUAUAAGUGUAUAGGAUAUGAUUGUUUGCUUGUGGAUUGGAUACGAAGUUUGGUAACACUUUACAAUAACCAUAACUCAUAAAUGGUAAAUAGACCAUUUAUAAAUGGUAAGCAGAUGGUUUAUUAAUGUUUAAUCAUUUAUAAAUCGCAUAUAAACCAUUAAUCAAUUGUAAAUUUUACAAUUUUAAAAACCUAACCCUAACUUUACAAUAACAUCUAAGUAAUGUUUAUAAGUGGUUUAUAAACCACUUAUCAAUCAUUUACAAAGAAUUACAAACAUGAGUUGCAACUUACCAUCUAAGUAAUAUUUAUAGAUGGUUUAAUAACCCAAUAUUCACCAUUUACAAAGUGCUACUGACACACAUUUUGAUCUAGAUGUUUUACAACCAAUAUUUAAACCCUAUAUCAGUGUUGUUUUCCAUGACGAAGAUGUGACGUUGACGAGCUAAACAUAAGUUUUAAAUGACUAAAAUGUGACAAGGCGAAUGUGCGUUUACGUUGACGUAAAGAGUUGCAAAAUUCAUGAGCAUUUCGUCAGUCAAACGCUUAACAUAUACUCUGCAGUGUUGUUUUCGUUGACGAUGACGAUAAAAUAUUUUCGUCAACAUCAUUGUCAACGAAAACAACACUGCCCUAUAUAAACCUUUAAUAAAUAGUCUAUUAAUAAUUAAUGCAAAUUAUUAAUCAUAAGUUCAUUGCUUUUUAAUGGUAAAGUAACUUACAUUAAUAAACUAUCUAUUUGCCAUUUAUAAUUGGUUUAUAUGCUGUUUUUAAAUAAUGAUUCAACAUUAAUAAACUAUCUAUUUACCAUUUAAUAAUUAUGGUUAUUGUAAAGUGUUACCCAUUGUUUUUUGUUUUUUUUAGAGGGACAGUUUGAUAAGUUAGGACCUUGUUAAUAGAUUUUGACCCCUCCAGAUGGCUGUGAACCCACUUACAUCUGCAUAGUCAACCCCACAGCCCAGCGUCAGCUCUAAAGACAAUUUAAUCUAUGCCUAACAGAUGACUCAAGAGCUAAGCCCUAUUUUCUGUUUCCCUCCCUUCUCCUCUGCUCUACUUCCAAGAGUUUCCAUGUGUUAGUAUGAGACCUAAAAAAACACAAGAUGGAAUCGAUGCUGUCACUGUCUGCCCAGAGGGCCUUUAGGUUAUAUAAGAGCUCUGGAUCCGGCACAGAAACAGUCUCACAAAGACAUCCAUGUGGCGAGUCCACUGAGAGUGAUGGCUCAAUACAUUCUAAAGCGAACCUGCGCGGUCAUAACCCCCUCAUGUUACCAGCUGUUUCCUGCCUUCCUCUCAUUAGUCUACAUCGUUUUUAUGCAUUUAUCCGUCUUUCUUGUAGCUGUCCUCCUACAGUUUCCUCACUCCCACCCCUCAUUUAUUCCUCCCCCCUGCCAGCUAAUACUAAUGGAUAGAGGCCAUCAUUAGUGCUUCCUGGUGUGGAUGAUCAUGGAUUUGCCUUCAGUAUUGUGACUUCAGUCUCUCUAAUGCUCACAGAGCUGAAUAAUUGAAUUUAUGUCUUUUCUAAACACCUACUGAGUCUUGGAUCUAGUUUAAUAAAGGAUUCAAUGGAAGCACAAAGUGACAGAGCUGAUGACCUCAAUAAGGCCACGAGUUCAGAGCUAUAGAAAAUAACAGGACCCUCGCAGUUGAGUGUAUGUGACGUUAUUCUUACAGUCUCUAAAUAUAGACCAUCACUUUGUGCUAACGUGUUCAACUUUUCUCUGCUCAGCAUUUCAAUAUGGUUGCUGUACCACUACACCAAAAAAAAACAACAAACUGAUCUGAGCAGGAUUUUAAACAAACCUAGAUAUUUCCACUAAGUUUUUUUUUAUCAGGAUGGCUACUGAGCUGAGUCAUUCUAACAUUUCUUUACACUUUCAGUCAACCUCAGCCAGCCGGUAUGCGUGGAUGUCCCAUCAGGCACAGAAGCAGUCCUGGGGAAGUCCAUGAAGUUGACCUGCAUCUCCUGUUUAAAGCGAGAGGAGAUCAAAGCAAGGACAACUGUGGAUUGGUACUACAUACCAAACAAAGGGGAAUACGAGGAUUUUAGUAAAACUCAUGUAAUUCACAGUUGAAUUUUUGUGAAUCAUUCAACAUUUUGUCAUGCACAUUCAAAGCGAACAGUUAAAUUCAUGUCCGUUUGCCUCUUUUUCUUGUCUAGAUUUACAGGUUUAAGGGUGACGCUCCACAAGAGCCUGAUGGACCAUAUAAGGGCCGUCUAUCCUGGAACGGGAGCCAGGACCUGCAAGAUGUCUCCAUUGUCAUCAACAAUGUUACAUACAAUGAUAGCGGUGUCUACGAAUGCCAUGUGCUCCGGGAGUUUGACUUCGACUUCUUCAAUCCUUCUGUCUUUGAGAAAAAGAGGAUCGAGCUUAAGGUGAUAGAACGAGGUACGGCUGAUCAUUUUUCACUUUCUUACAUCUUAUUCUGCCAAAUUACUGGUCCCUGACAUGUCACUACGGCUCAAGAUUCAGUCCAGCAGAGAUUUUGUGCAUGGAUGAGAUAGCAGAAUUGAGCUAGAACUGAAGUGUUUUCCACCGAGUGCUUUCAGACAGAAGUAUGCCUCUGUGCUGCGACCAAAAAUAGACAUCAGUCAGAGGAGAUCUACAACUCAAAUCUGACCCUUUGGCUGUCUGUUAACCUUUAUUUAUAUUUAUUUUAUUUGUAUUUUUUAAACAGGAAAAAGGCUGGAAAUGUUCUGACAGCCUAAAAGCAAGUUUGUAUAUAGUCAUAGAAAUAUCAACCCUUUCAAGUGUUCAUACAGGGUCUGAACAGGAGUAGAUCUGAUGCAAAGUAACUCAAGUAUCCCUCCAGUAUUAGUCCAUAAAUAAAUGAUUUCACUGCAUGCAUUAAAGUAGCUAUGGUAGUGAUUUAUGUUUACAAAUCUGCUCAGAAUGAAGGCCAAUUAAAUGAAAAGCAUUUGCCUUGCAGAUCUGGAGCAGCAUAACUGAUCAUUUCAUACCAGCAGUGCUACAUUUUUACAGCAUGUGGCCUAGAUGUUUGGCUCAAUUUGAGAAACUGCAAUAAAGUUGCAUACAGCACAUGCUAGAGGAUUUUUCAUCAGUGCUGUUUUGAAUUAUUUGUCCUAAGUGCCCUCAUUGUGCAGUACAUGCUCUUCCUGCCUUUCCUUGUUUCAUGAAGUGUUUAUACGAGUACUUUAAGUGGCUUUUUAAUUUUCAUAUUUGUUUCCAACUAAGUGAUGCAUGAGGGUGAGAGCCGUCUGCCACUAACAGCACCACUCCCCCUCUUUCCUCUUUGUUGUGACUGUACUAAAGAGGAAUAACUGUCUGUUUGUUUUGUCGUUCUUUAUUUUCCAUUGAAGCUAUCUGCUGUUGUCAGUGAAGGGGUUAAUUCAAUCCAACUUCUUUUCUGUCUAUUAUAAGGGGUAAUGUAUAUUGCUUCCCGAAUGCUUGGCUUGCUGAACGUGUCAUUUCUCAUCUGGAUUGAAUGUACAAAAUGUAUAUUUAUAAUUACCUCUACCCAUUUUUCAACUUCACAUGAUUUAUAUUUCCUUGCACGUGGUAUAUAGUUCACUAUCAGAGGCAUAUAAGAUAGGCAGAUGUUCAGUGAAGGGUUUGGUUCACAUCGAGAAAAAACAAGACUGCAAAUUGAAUAUGAUUGUCCUCCGAAGUGGAACUUUUUGAAAUAUACUAUACUCAUCUUUUAGACAUAAAAACCCAUGUUUCAUGCAUGUAGUAUCAAAUUUCAUAAAGCCUUCAGCCCGAGCACUGUACAUCAUAGCUCAGAGAUUAUGUUACAGUGAUGCUGUCCAUACUAGUAGAAUGGAUUAGUUUAUGGCAAACAUAUCUGUGCUUUCCCAUCUGAGGGAUUAUUUUACACUAAUAGCCUCUAUUUGCAGAGGCUGAAGAAUCAUGCUGGUGAAAGCUGUCAACUGUCCGCUCAGCAGGCUUUCUGGAAUCUGGUACAUGCUCACUGUCACAGUGGUUCACAGUGCCUCACAAUAUCCUGGAAUGCUCAACACAAAAGGGAUGGUACAAAUUGAUAUCAUUAUUAUUUAUUUUUUUUGUACAAAACUGGCCCUAAUAUUGUCAUUUUAAUGCUUUCUGCUUGCAAAUGAUGAAGGAAAUACACAGCCCUCUUUACCUCCGCCAAGGAGGUUUUGUUUUCGGUAGCGUUGGUUUGUGACUUUGUUUGUUAGCAACUUUACGGAAAAAAUUAACAGACAUAUUGACCUGAAAUUUUCACCAGAGGUGCGUCUCAGCCCCAGGAGGAUCCCAUUACAUUUUGGUGGUGAUCCGGACAAAAUUCUGGAUACUGUGAUCCAGAACACACAAAAAUAAGGGUGUCGUUGGAAUUUUCAAUGCUGAAAGAUAACGAAUGGGCGGCACAGUGGCGUAGAUAGGCGGUACAGUGGUGUAGUGGUUAGCACUGUCACCUCACAACCAGAAGAUCCUGGGUUCAAAUCCCAGUCAAGGGAUUUCUUGUUUUAGGAACAUUAUGAACAGUGAACAUACCAGUUUAAACACAAAUAAAUGUUAAUAAAAGACACAUAACAGUAAAAGUUUUGGUGUGAAUCACAAUAUAAGGGGGGACAUGAGCUGCUUGGUGGAGGUCUGCGCUCUCCGAGUGCUUUUCUAGUUUAAAUUGUCACCCACAUUUAACUAUCUCAGUGUUCCCAGGAUGUGAAGUUCUUUGAUAUACUCAAAGCUCAAAUAUGACCCAAAAUAUCAGGCUUUAAAACAAGCCACAGGGUUCCUACGCAAGUAUGGAUAUAAAUUUGAUCAAUUUCCAGGUCUUAACAAAGUAUGGAAAAUGAAAAAUAAAGUAUGGAAAAAUAUUUGUUUUCAGACUAUUACCACAGUUCUAAGAUACUGUUUUUUAAAAUGGAAAAGUAGGUAUUUCCAAAAUAUUUCUAUAGAGUAGGGUAUGGAUAAGUAUGGAAAUUCCAACUGUGUAGGAACCCUGAAGCCAGAGAAAUGUGUUGUGCACUGAGAACCACUGUAACUCUACAUAUCUAUCAUAUUAAAUAAUUAGGUGUUCAGUGGAGAUUUGAGCCACUAAAGGCACAGGAGACCAUGAUUUGAACAAACCCCCUAAUUUGUUUGUAACAUGGUAGACAAUUAAUAAAGUCAAAGAUUGCUUAUUGACAAACAGAGCAACAUUAAAUGUCCCAUGUGUUUUUGAUACAUACACUGCAUUGUAUGAAAAACACUUGAUACUUGAUGUAAAUUAACCAAUUAUAAAAAGAUCUCCACAGAGCACCUUUACUCUCUGGGCUCUGUGUUAAAAUGUUGGUAAUAACGUACUGUAUGAUGCAUAGCUAGUGCAUGAUAUCAAAGUUUGUGUUCCAACAGGAUGUGAACCAGAAAACAUGACUUUCUUUGCUUUAAGUUCAGCUUCAUGGUAACUACUGGAGGAAACUCUGGAAAUACACCAUAAAAAAUUUGGAUUCAUCUUUUACAUCUGAUGGUUGAUUGCAGGUCAACAGUGUUGCACGUGAAUUAAGCUAAGCAUACUCUCUUGAAUUUGUGAACUUAUAAAUCCCCUCUGCUUUUUUCUUCAACACAAAAAAAGCAGACAGUCAGAGGUAGGACAAAUAUUGAAUAAUGCAUGUUUUCUUCCUGUUAUUUUCACUCCACAGCAACCAGAGACUCCACAGCGCUGUACUCAGAGAUCAUGAUGUAUGUGCUGCUAGUGUUCUUGACCUUCUGGUUGCUGGUGGAAAUGGUCUACUGCUACCGGAAGAUCUCCAAGUCUGAUGAGCAGGCACAGGACACAGUGUGAGUCUCACACAAACAAACUUCCAGAUACACGACAAGGAUAAGUGUAAAUAAGGGUACCGAUGAAAAUAAUGAGCUUUCUUUACACAGCGAGUUUUUCUCUGUCCUAUGACUCAGCAAUCAACGAGAGUGUGUGCGUCAAAAAAAGUAAAAAUGUAUUUUUGUGUGAAAUGUCAGACCCACAUCAGACAAGGUAAUUUAGGAGGAAUGAAGAGACAGAAAGCUGCACAAAGAGGCAGGGAUAGAGUCAGACAGGCAGACAGAAAGAGACGGACAGAGGAGUAAUUGAGUCUAAACUGCUUCAAACUGUAACCCUCUUGCAACACUGAUCUGUCCUUUCACACUUAGACGGCCUGACACCUGAAUAAUUACACGCCCUGCUGAUGACUGCUCUUUUUUUCCCCUCGACAACCUUUUUAUAUCUGGGCUGGAUCUACAGCUCCAUCAGAAAUCUCCUUUUUAUGCAUGACAUUGUCAGCUUCGACAAAGCCCUGAAUGACCCUGUACAGUCAGCUCCCUCAGGAUUGUGGUCGUUGAUGGGGGCAGUCCAGGUUGACAACUUUUGAGCAGGCAAUUUAUGACCUGGACCAAACAAUCACGGAUACUCAAAGCUCAUGCUGAAAUGGUUAUUACGGUGCUGAGGCUUAAUCCUGAUGCCUAAUCUCAUUGUUGUAGAGACAAAAAAACAAGAAAUACAAUGAGUCCUCUUCAAAUAAAGGCAAAAAGCCAAAUAAUACAUUAAACUAAACUAAAUCCAAGUUCUAUUUUCCGCUUAGAAUAAGACAUUUACUUCAACCUCUGAGGUGAAUGUGGUCUAAUACAACCUUUCUUACUGGAAAGAGACAAAUACAUUUGCUCAGCCUUGAAUUCAUGUAAAGUUAUUACUCUUGGGUGCAGCUCUAAUGAGCAGCUGAACAGUAUUCAAAACUGCAUGUGUUGCAGUAUUUACUUUGCAGAGUGUGUUUAAAGGUCAUGCAAUUUGUAAAUGCCCAAUCAUGUGUUCAAUAACCACACUUAUUUGGUUAACACGUUAUAAGCUGUGCAUAUGAAUCAGGUUAAAUCUAAAGUAAUGACCCCAUAAACUCCCAUAUACAGUAAAUAAUGAUUGUAGUAGUUAGUGGUGCAUUGGAGGUGGAAGGAAGCAGCUGAAUAACUCUUUCAUAGGAAGAAAUUAUCAACCAUUUCACCCGAGGUAUAAAGAUAAGUUUUAUUGAUCUAUGCACGGAUCUGGAGUGCACAUUAAGUUAAGCAUCAAAUGAUCGAAUGUGUAUACCUCUGUAAACUUCACCGCUUCCUGCUGCUUAAAGAGUUAAUGGGUUGUAGCCACAGCUAUUAUUGACCUACAGUAUAUGAAAACACAUCAGUGCACACUCUCAGAGAGGCUGUCACAAAGCUUCUACGGGACUUUGUGACGCAUUAGUAGCUCUGACAGAUUACAGUACAGUGAUACUAGAUGAGGUUUAGUUUCAUAUGUGCUGACACUGCUACUAAACUCUUCUUUUCAUAAUGAAUUUGGAGCUCAUUUGUCUCUAAUGUAUAUUUGAUCAGGGUUUUGCUGUAUUUAACAAUUAAAGUUCGCUAUGCCAGUCUGGUCUUCCGAGUUUGCAGCUUGUAUAUUAUCUGCAUCGUAAUUCAAGAGAAAAUAUUCAUGCACCAAGCCUAACAGCUCCCAAAUACAGGAGAUUUAGUUCCACUGUGGUGUUGAAUGUUGGGUAAAAGGCACUCAGACACUCCUCUGCUUUCUACCAAUCUACAGGACAAACUACCUAGCCAUUCCCUCUGAGCUGAAAGCAAAUCCAGUCGCUCCUGUUACCCAAUGAAAGUGGUUGUCAGUUACACGGUAUUUUACAUGUGCCUCUCUCAGUCUGACACAGAUCUGUGAAAUCAUCCCACUCAUCGUUGGCUCUUCGUGUGUGUGUGUUUUUGUCAUGUCUGAACACUUAUGUAGUGGAGUCAUGAUGCUUAGAGUUCAUACCCGUAUAAGAAGCUGUUUUCAUUCCUGCUGUUAUUCGGGAUGCUCCUCUGCUCUUCCUCGUUCUUCAUCCAGUUUCAACCACUCUCAUUUUCAAUUAUUGUUAAUCAGGGAUACAAGGAGGAAUUAGAUGUGAAGACUUGGCAUUAAAUGCGGUUUUACAGCUCCUGUGAGGAAAUUGCAGUUUGUAUUGAUUUUGGUGCCCCCUGUGAACAAAGCAGUACGUCCUAUCUAUUUGCUGUCCACUACAUGUGUAGUCUUCUCUGACAGAAAAUCCUCUCCUACUCUCUUUAAGUCGCAAACACGUCACUCACCGUCAAUCUUUGCCCUCUGCAGUGUUUGUCUGACAUGGUGGAAUUUAUAGAAGUAAGAGAAGUUACUGUGUUAAAAAACCAGUCAACUUUCUGAUAAUCUCUUUUGUUCCUCACAUGACGGCAUCAGUAUAAAUUUAGUCUAUUUCAUGACCAGUUUAAAGUUCCUCACAGGAGCUUUUCAUUGAUUCCUGAUUCAGGAAAAGCUUGAUGUGUCUCAUCUGUUUUAAUUCGAGGAGUGUAACUUUUCAGCUGUUCAACAUCAGCAUGACAGACUCGAUUACGUACAUCCUAACCCUUAACAAAGAAAGUAAAUCAAAGCAUAUCAAGAUGUCUCGCAUUUGCAUGUAUAUGAAGAUUUCCAGAGUUUUAAUAAUCCUAAAGGACACGCUUGUUUAUUCAGUCAUGUUGAAUGUAUUUACAGCUCAAUAUUGCACCUAUAAAGCUUUGCGUAUGAGUUAUUCCUUGUUGAUGAGAGAGAUCUCUGCUCUUUUCAGGUAUUAAUCAAUCAAGAUGGAUGUUCUCUCGUCUCUUUGAAGGGAUCGUUUCUCCUGAGUGUGACACAGAAAUCCUGCCAACCGAUCUCCCCUGUGUAUCGACUGAGUCUUGUGAGGAGCCAGUCAAAAAUGUCCAAGUGCUCGAUUCUUCUCCUUCUUUCCCUCUCAUUAAUUUUCUUUUACCUUUGUGCCAGGCAUCUGCAAUCAAGUGCUUUCACAAACACAGCAGGUUAAAGGAAAACUCUGUCACUGUUUUGCACUUAUAUUCAGAUUUAUACCAGCUUUUGCUUACUAUGGACCUGCCCGUGAUUAGGGUUUCUAAAAUUUCUGAAUAGUUAGUGGUGCCUCUGUGAUUUUAUUUUACCUAAAAUCAGAAAAGAUCCCCUUAAAGACACUGCCCUGCUGCUGUUAUAUACAACCUAUACACUGACUCUGUAGUAUUGCACAGUGCAUUUUGUUUUAUUACAAUUUUAUAGACCAUGCUGACGUUUUGUGUCAAAAUUUUAUUUGUAUUCGGCGAUAUCUACCUGAUGUAUUUUUAUGGAAAACGAUUUCGGAGCUUUUCUACUGUGCGGAUGUGUAUUCCUUUCUGUUUUUUUUUCUGUGUGCAGCCCUUAAACUGCUACGUAAUGGAAAAAUCUGCUAAUAUUGAACCCUGUCACUUUACUCCAGUUGUUUGGACUCUCUUUCCUAUACUUGUAUUAAUCUCUCGACUUCGUUCAGCUCUGACUGCUGAGCUCUGGUCAAGUCUCACAGUGCAUACAGUUACUCUUAACUUUACUCUUAAGCUUUGACUGUUGCUGGUGUUCUACAGUAGCAUCGCUAUUGAGACUAAAUGUGUGCCUAAUUCUAUAGUACAACACUGUAGAAAUGUUUAUACUCUGUGAUCUAAUCAUACCACACUGUUCUUUGCCUAUUAGAUAUCUCUCCUGUGUGAGUGAGCUGCUGCUUUUGAACUAUUAAACACAUUGCAUUUCGCUGUUUGUGUAAGUGCUCCUCUGUUCCUGAGACACUGAGGAUUUUUGAGAUUAAAUUGCAGUGGGGAUGGAUCCACUUUUGACUCUCUCUAGGAUGUUGAGAGGAAAAAUAUUCCACCGACUUUUUGCAGCUUGUUAUCUACGCCUAUGGUGGUAUUAAAAGAAAAAAAAAAACAGGCAUCUCAACUUUUUCAGCUUUCAUUAACACUCCUAAAAAAAGCUUCCAUCAAAAGAUUUUCCUUUUUGUUUCAACUUAAAGAAACUGUGCAUUUAUACUUUUAACAAAGCUUUAUAAACCGCAAGAUAGAGAGCGCUUUAUUCGGUGGAGAGCUGGUCUAGAUAAGCAAGACUGAAGAGGUUGAGGAAGACAAAGAAAGCCAGCAAAAGGUGAAGGCACUCAAGGAGAGACAGGAAGGGGAAAAAAAAGACUGGUGGUUAGAGCCAGACGUAAUUUUCAUUGCUCUUUUAGCUAGCCGUGACCCACAGCGGUGACAGAUAUAGUAGCAGCUGUUGUUAUAGCAACCAGGGCAUGCCUGUAGCAAGGCAGAUUUCCUGGCAGAGAUAAAAACCUGCAAGUUGAGACUCAUUAUUUAUGUUAAGUUCUAAAAAAGUUAAUACAGGAUGGCUCAGUAUGCUAAAAAUUUUUAAGGCCAGUCACCCAGCAUGCUUUGCGACAAAAUGUUGGGCUUUCUUGUAAUAGGAGAAAUGCCUCCACAAACCUAUCACAUAUGUGGUCAUACAGUACAAUGUACCUUUAUCCUUCCAUCAAGUUCAAAUAAAUUGGUUAUUGAUUGAACGACACAUCCCAUCAACUCCCAAACAAUAGGACGUCAUGGCUUUGAGAUUCAUUGUGAAAAUGCAAUGCAGCCACCCUCCCCCUCUUUCUCUCUCGGUCUCUCUCUCUCUCCUUCUCCCUCUAUUGUUACACAGUGCCUCCCUAAGGAUACAACCCAGUAAUAUGGCCCACAUUCUGCAAAUAUAUGUUUCAAUUAAACCACAAGGCACCACCUGCCUCGAUGCUAUGGUGAGUUUUUAAGUCACAAAACACCACAUUAAGAGCAAACUGUGCUUUAAACACUCCUAAAGGGGAGGCAAUUUUCUUGGAAAUGGAAACAGGUAAUUUAUAAUGCUUGUCAACAAAAAUAAAUACACCAUCACACUGAAAAAAACAACCCUUGAAAAAAAUCCCAUUUAAUCCCCCCAGUUUAUUGGCAAGUGGCCAUAUCUGUCUAACUGUUUGUCCAAGACUGAAUAAGAGUUGCAGCUCCCUGCUCCUUGUUUAUAACAUUUGACCUCAAAUGGUUAUUAAUGCAAUCUGAGCUCAAAAUGCCUGUCUAUCUAUGCUGGGUCUUUGUCUCCCCCUAGUGUGAAGCAUAUCAUGUCAUUUGUGACAUAACAUCAAAUACAGCUUAUGAAUAUCAAAGUUUCUGCCUGUUUGUCAAGCCCUUGCUCUUUUUCUUUCUAACUAAGGACAACAUUUUUCAUUUUCAGGUGACUAAAGGUAGCAAGAACAUACCUUUACCUCAGAUAUUUAUGGUAUUGAUUUGUUGAUCCUAUCAUAUUUUGAAGGCUGGGUUGGUAGCUGUAGCCCAAGUGUUUUAAUAACGGUGUUUGCAGCCAGACACUGCAUUCACCCCCAAACACAGGUUAUUGAUCACUGUUGGUCAAUAGUCACUUUGCUGGAGCUGAGUUCUAUCUGUUAGAGCAUUUAAGAGUCAUCAUAGAUGGGGACAUAUUGAUGAAAUACAAAGUGAGCGAUUAUUAUGCUGUCUUUUCCACUUUCUAACUUGGAUAGCAUGUAACCUGUUAACCAUAAUGCCUGUUUUUUUCCACAGUGGCCCCCUCUUCUCCUACCCUCUCCUGCCGAGGGGUCCAUCCUCUGUGUGGUAACAGUCUCUAAGGGGAUUUUCAAAGCAUUGUGUCCAACCAAGCCGAAGCUAAGAGGGUGUUUCCACAGUCACACUCCUGCCUAACCAUUUCCAUUUCUUUAAGCGGCUGAAGGUGGGUGUACAAAUUUGAAAUGCAGAAAUUCAAUCACUUCCUCCAGGGGUAGUUCUAUGUGAUAUCCAAGGUCAGCACACUCAUAGUUUUUAAUCUACACACACCUCCCGCUUUAUACUUCUAGACAGGGUUGGGUUGUGACUUUGCAAAACACACAAUAAAGAGGCGACAAGCAUAUUAUUCAAAUGUGGAAUGUGUGAGUUUUUGCUUUGUAAAGGACCUCCAGGCUGAAUCAGAUGAGAGAUAUUUCUGGGUAUGAAAACAAUCUCUCUGUAUGUGGGUAUAAAAUGGAAAUCAAAGUCCGAGACCAAAGAAAGAUUUCUAGCUGGAUGACUUUCUUAUCAUCGGGAAGGUUUGGUUAUCAGCAAUCCUGUUAAUGAACAUGUAUUUUUAUAAACUCAGAAUCAAGGGUGACGGGAAAAAUAAUGAGGCCAGUUUGGAGAAGUAACAGAUCAUUAUUACACAAUGUUGUCUUGUAUUGAUUCAGGAUAAUUAUUUCUACAGAUAUGCCACAUUACACAUUCAUCAAUUCAGAAUUUGUCAUUGAAACACCAAACAGGAACAGUUGAAGGAUCAGUUCAAGUUUUGUGGAAAAAUUAGGACCAUUGACUUUAUUUUUGUGGGUCUGGUCUUUUUCUAGAGAACUGUGAGAUUGAAGUUUAAACCCAGAGGAGAAAAAAAAGUCAGACCUCAAACAGUUUUCAGAGGCUGAAAUCCUCUCCUCCUCUCCUGUAGAGAACAGGUUUAUAACUACCAGAGGCUUAGCUAGCAUUUAGUUGGUUUCUCUUGACAUGGGGACUACAAACAGAGGAUAACAGCUAGCAUGGCUCUGUUCAAAUUUACAUACGUACACAAUUACAAAAAUCAGAAACAGCAUUUUGAUAAGUGUACUUCAAAGUGCAAAUCCAAAAUAACAGAGCCAGGCUAGCUGUUUUCUCCAUGCACUGGUCUUUAUAAACUAUGCUAGUGUUAAGCUAGUUUAUACUACAGUGAGGGGGGUGAUUUUUGUUAUCCAACUGAACUUAAUAGUAAACUGGUGCUUCCAUGUAUGAUUUUAUUAACCUUAAAGACUACACAUGAAAAUCAGAACUGGAUUUAUCCCCCAAAAAUAAUGAACUUUUGCAACAAGGCUUUGCUCCAACAUACUGCCCCUGCCUUUUUCAUGUUUUCUUCACUCACAUGCCAACUCUACACAUAAAUGUCAUGUGAUUACAAUAUUUGCAUGUGAAUAAGAUGAUGCAAUGCCAAAAUAAUUGGGGAUACUAAUGCCUGCGUCUAACUUUAAUAUCACGUCUUCAUGUAUUUGACUCCUUCUUUACUUUAAAUGAUGUAUACACACCUUCUCCUGAGAAUUAUCCCGUAGUCUGUGCGUGAUUAUAUCAACCUUGCCGAUAUAGAGUUGCUAUCUUACCCCUGUGGUUUCACUCGAGUACUAAGGAAAGAGGUGGAGGUGUUUGACAAAAAGAGAGCUGCACCCGAAUAUAGAAUAAGACGAGGUGUCUUGAGUGUAUUAUUCAUUGACUGUAAUGCAAUCCAUCAAAGAUCACUCUUACAAAAGUGGCCUGCUGGGUGUCACCUGCAUGUAAUGAGCAGAUGCUGCAUGUCCCUCCAUACAGAUAUUGUAGAGCAAUAUUCUAUAAACCCUCAGUGCCUUUCCUUAUCUCAUUCUUCUCUCAGAGACAAAGCUCUUAUUUGAUUCUUGUCUAAAUCUGCGGGAAAGACGGAUGAAGCGACAAAUCCAGGAGAUUGAUGUGUCGAAAACCAGGUGUUUCUUCUUACCUACUGUACGUACAGUGGAGUACCCAGGGAUGUGAUUAUAUCUCAAAAGCUCAGAUCAAACGUUGCAGCUGAUAUGUGAUGUUGGUUUUCACUAGAAUGUGUUUUUCUACCACACCAAAGCCUCUCCUGUUGUCUUUGUUAUUAUUUAUCCCAUACUGCAGAAAAAUAUAUUUUCAGGCAGUCCAAAACUCUUCAUCAAAAUUGAAUCCAUGAAUUAAACAACAACUCUUCACUGUAUACCAUAACCUCUCAUUCCUCCCUCCCGCCCUUCCCAUCCAUCAUCCCCUUCCCCUGUUUCAUUCAUCCGCAUUUCAAACAAGAGACAUCUUUGAUUAGCAAGACAAAGGAGAAAGCCUUAAAUAAAAAGAACAUUUACAAGUCAGACUGGGGAGCGUGGCAGUGACUGGGCUCCGCUUUCCAGUCCGUGAUGAGAGGAUGGAGCUGGCCUGUAGCACAAUGACGUCGCAGCUCUAUUGUUAGUGAAAUGAACACCUGGCUGCCAGAGAAGUGCUAAAUCACUGCUGUGUGUGUUUAGACACACCUGAGGCCCACCACACCAAGUGGAACAAAGCAGAACAUUACAUUGCAGGCUGGCUGAUCUCUGAGGUAACUGUGCCUGAGAGCUUCAGGUUUUUAGAAAAAUUAAUCCAAAAUUUGGCUGGUCGGGGAAGGAAAUCUUGCUCUGGGUGUUUAUUUUUUUCCAGAAACAAAAAGAGUGACAAAGAAGCAUCACUAAACCUGAUUCAAUAGUGGGAAAAUAGGGUUAUUAGUUACCUUCACAAGAUCCUUUUUUGCAGUGUUGCCCAAAGUUUGUCCUGAUUAGGGAAAUAAAGUUUACAAAACACUGCCAGAUCUUUAACAAGCUUGCAGCUAGUUAGGUAGAGCCCAACAUUGUUUGAUAAAUGUUAUUUCCCCAUUGCUAUAGAUUCACACAAACACGCACAUCCACACCAGCACUUUACACAAGUAUGUUCACACACAUGCCUCAAUGUGCUAUCAUUAGAAAUGACAUCACGACUCACAUCCAGCGACUCCUAUCGCUAAAGAUCAGAAACCCGAUUAAUUAAACUCUUCAAUCCCCUCUCCCACUGGCAGGUUCAAUCUUUGGAGGAUAAACCUAUAGACGGGCUGUGAGAAAUAACAGCUGCUCUUCUCUGCUUCCAUCUCAUGUGAGGUUCUCCGCUCUUAUUUCAACGAUAAAUCCCAAGUCUGUGUAGAUACUCGAGUCAGAACUCCUUUACACAAAAUCCUCUGGGAUCAAUUAACUAAGAGUGCACAUGGCGUGUUUGAUGUUUUAUUGACCCUUUUAGUGUCAGUAAGUGCCAGAUUAUUCCAUGUGUGCUUUAGUAUUAUUAACAUAAUUCACAGCUUUGAAUUCGUGCUUUAAAUAAGCCCUCUAAGUCAUUGCACGAUCUGGACAUUUUGGAGUCAGAGGUCUGGGAAAGGAAAGAAAUUUCUCUUUCAGAGCUCCAGAAUCUGGUCUACUUGGUCUUCAAACAUUUACAGUCUUGUUAAAAGAGGAGUUGAUGAAACACAAUGGUAAAGAUACCCUUGGCCUAAUUGUUUUUCCAGUGACAAACAAACAUUACUGCCACUUCUAAAUUCAACCACUUGGUGUACCAGGACUUUUUUAGUGUACCAGGGCUUCCUAUCAGCUGCCUGUGCUCUCUUUAUCACAGAUGGUCUUGGCCAUUAACAAUAAAACAUGAAAUAAAUUACCUGUGCUGCACUAUAACACACUUGUGUAACAUUACAUUUACGCAAACAUGCAAAACAAGGAAGAUCUGCGAGAGCCUCCAUCAGACUCUUCUUGAAUGAUGUCUGUGCACCACGUACCAAAACUCCCGUUUAGGGUUCAUUAAACAGCUGGAUGGAAAAUUGGGAAGGAGCUGUAAAAUGUCUGUACACUCUGAGGAAAACAAGCCAGAUUCAAUACUACAGACAGAGGCGAGAGAAGAGAAGAGAAAAGACAGCAUCAUUACCAGGGUCUCCAGACAAACACACCACGUUUCCCUUAACAGCAUCUUUCUCCUGCACCUCUCAGCAGCUUAGAUCAAAUUUGCUUCCCCUAGUGAAUUUGACCUACACUGCACCAUAAAAAUCACUUAGACCGGUGAAUGUGAGCUAGGUUGAAUUGGAUCGUGUUACGUGUUGUGCAUCUGUGGAAACCGCCACAAAAAAAAAAAAACGGUUUAAUUGAAUACUAGAGGAGACCUUGACUGAAGCGUGGCUCUUCCAACAGUUGAAGACAAAUUGCCUCUCAGCUGCUUUCCACAACCAAUUAACCUACAGACACUCGCAAAUAUGAGUUUUGCACUUUUACGAGCAGCUGAGAAUGACAGAAAAGCAAAGCCUGCAUGGUUAACUUCCUGUUUUUGAUAGAUGGAACAAAAAUAGCUCCGUUCUUUCACAUAUUUGAGUAAAAAAACAUACUUUCAGAUAAAAACAAACGAUAAGAUGUAACAGCAGCGGUGACAGAAAUCCUGUGGUUUUAAGAACUUCUGGGGUCGUCUUGAUGUGGUGAAGAAGAUUAUGACUCAUUGACUGUUAUUUGCAGGUGGGUGAUGAAUAUGAAUGGACUUGAGAUGGUUAUUCUUUUAACCUUGACUCAGGGUAAAUUCACAACAGAGAGCGCACGUGUCUUGGGUUGAUUUAUUUUAAUUUCUAUCCUCGAGGUCCCCUAAUGGGGCUUUGAAUCUGUCUCUGCUCAUUGACUGUGACUGAUCUAUACAGCAAGAGAUAAAACAAGCAAAUACCAUUAACAAGGAGACUUUAACUAACUGAGGUUUUUCUCUGAGUAUUGUAUUCUUUUUUUCUAAGUGGUUUUCAUGUGUGUGAUGUAAGAGGACACCUUCAUGAGGGGACAUGGAAACAUGCACACACACAAACACACAGCCACAGAAUGAUGCGUGUUUGUCCAGCAGAAAAUUAAUUUCCUUGGGAGAAAAAUAAGUUAAUCUGGAGCUUUUCUUGUUUCAAUCAUGUCAUAACAAGCAGAGCGAAUAUAUUAGUCUCCUCUGUCAAUUGAAUUAUGAAUUAUGCUGUCUACUUUUCUCUCUUAGCACAAAAAGCCAGGGGAUAAUCUUCGAGUCUCACAGUAUAAAGGUAGACAUAAUAUGCAUGUCAACAAACUAUAUUUCCCCCAAGAAAGCCGAGUCCGUCUUGCUUUUCAGGGAAAAAUAAUAAAAACAUUAAGGGCAUAGUCACAUAAUGUGUUUUUUGUGAAGUAAAUUACCAAUAACAUCUUUUCAUUUGUUAUUCUACUCCUCUAAUAUUCACAAAUUCUCAAAUUCGGUGGCUGCUCUUUCAAUCCACGCAUGAAGCUGUCUGACGCACUCGCUGUGACUGUGACAGCUGAUAUACUCCAACAUCCCUUCGGUAUGAUGUUGACAAAUCAUCAGGAUAGAAAAUUAACUUCUUCCAGGGAUAUUCAGCGACCAAUCAUUUGUGCAAAUACACACUAAUGCCUCAGUGGAAAGAGAAGAGAUACGCUCAGCAAUUGUUGAAAGCUUGUUAUUAACAAAUGUUGUAAAUUGUAUUCAAGCUCAAUAUGAACAGAAUUAAGAUUGAAGUUCCUGAGGUAUUCAAUAUACAGAAGGUAAAGGCUGCAAAUAAUGCAGGACAAACCCUGGUGGGGAAGCACAGGGCUGACAAGUCAUGCUCUUAAUAGACUUCUUUGAAUAGCUCUGCUGAAUUAACAGUGGGGGUUGGUGGAGGUCUUGGUGUUGGGAAACAGGAAUGAGCAUUAGAGGAGUCAUGAGCUGGUUCGAAAUCACUCAUGCUCAACGGGACUAAGUGGGGAGGGGGGUAAGGUGAUUUUUUUGUCAUUCUCCUGUUGCCAAGCAACAUAUCCAGGUAUCCACAAGCAAAGUGACGAACCACUAACACCAGCUACUCUACAGGAGCCAUUCAAAAGACCACAAUGGUGCUGCAGUGGAUUGUCAUUAACUGCAUAGUUAGCUAUGUGUUUCCAGGGGUUAUUUAUGCAGUUGUGCUAGUUUAAUGCUAAUUCCUCCUCUCCCGGUAGAAAAGCCGUCCACUUCAUGAGAGAAAAGCACAAGAUACACUGAAAAUAUGAACAAAAUAAGAAUGCAAUAAUAACAAUCCUGCUUUUAAAGUACCUUCCUAAUAUGCACUGCUAGAUAUUCGAGGUUGUUUGAUUGGGUGAUGAAUGUUGAGAUAUUAUGAGCUUUAUGUAAGUUUGAUGUCUGACUCAACGGGGAGUCAUUGUAAUUUCUUCGCACUAGGUCCAGUCUACUCCAAAUUUCUCAUGUAUGUUCGUAAAACCAACAUAAGCAACAAUAAUGUAAUAUUGCAUUUAUUCAACUUGUAUCCAGGCAUCUGUGUUGAUAGCAAAUGUGUGUGAACAGGCGUCUGUACUGUUACCAUGAACUGAAUACAGAAAACACACAUACAUUAAACCCAGGAAACAGGCAGAUGACCUUGAAACAGUAAGGAAAAGCGUACAACAGCUGGUUUUUCAUUGUUUGUUUGAGGGAAAGACUUUCCCUGGUUGCCAUUGAAUUUGCAUCUAUUCUCAUGGGCGUGAUUUUAAACAGCAGUCAAACUGUGGGAAAUUCCUGACAGCUUUGAAACUCGGUAACCACUGUGUUUUCACUGCUCAUUUUAAAACCUAAAACAUCCUCUAUUUACCCCUUGGCGAGGCAUAAAUUGAUCCAAAGAGUGACUUUUUUGGAUGAGUUAUAAACCUAUUUUUGAAUUGAUUUUGGAGCUACAGGCUAUCUCCUGGGAUGCACCACAUGUGUGUCAACUGUAGUUGGAGACAUCACUGUCAGACCCCUAGUUAAAACAUGCCUCCAGUGAAAACUGGCUCAAAUCACCCUGCCAAACCCACCAAAACAAACUUAUCUUAAGAACUCCAGACCGAUGUUAACGAAAAGGAACCAAUUAAAUCACUGCACAUUUAAAAUGUAUCAUUUGUGUCUACCCAGCCACUGUUUGGUCAAUGGUCUUCUUUUAGGAGAAGUAGCCCAAGUCGAACUUUCCCUCCACUUUAAGUCUUCUUAGAAACUACUUCAAAGUGCACCAUUAUAAUUCCUACUCGCACCAACUUUUGAAACAGUUUCACAGUCGUAUAUAUAUAGAGAGAGUAAUUAUUAACAUGAAAACUUCAGUGGAAUUAAAUGCAACUUUGAACUUGGACGGUGUCUCCAUAACAUUUGAACUCAUUAGUCGGCAAACUCAGGGUACGCAGUGUUUGGCUUGAGGAGAGGAUGAUAGAGUUCUAAUGAGCUGUGAGUAUGAAAGGUACAUACCUACAAUACCUUCUGCUGAUUAAAUGUCCCCAAAUAAACAGAGUGUCCCUGCAUGUGAAAUAGGUUAUUUUGUUUAGCUGUAAAGAUUUUCAAACAGCUCCUUUCUGCGUUUCACAUUUUGUGUUUAACUAAAAUGGUAGUACAGCAGACGCAUUUAUCUCGUUUGACCUUCGACUUCUUUUUUAUCACUUCUUCACUUUGUUAAUCACUUGCCAUAACAAACACUCUGAGUGAAUAGCUGCAUAUACCAAUCUGUGCUGCCCUUGAAUUCAACCCACACGGAGAAACAUUAAUUGAUUGUGAUGGUUGUGAAGGUCCUGCUGAGUGACAGUCAAUAACACAUUAUGUAGUAAGGACUUCUGUCACCAGUCAUAACGGCGGAUGCAGACCGGCAUUUGCACGCUGACACGGACAAAAUCAAACACGCAAAUUUAUUGAAACAUGGCCAUUCACAUAUUCACUCACGCACGCACGUACUCUAUAUGCCAAUCAAAGUGCACUAAGUGAGAGAAAGCCAGCACUUCCACAAAAGCCCAUUGUGCUCUGCCCUGCACUGUACCUCGUCUCUUAAGGACAGUUGCUCUAAAUAUUUCAGUGGUUUAAAUCCACAUAUUAAACUUGCUACAGAAACAUAAAACAUAAAGGUAAUUCGCAAAGUAUUUAGAGUCGAGCACAAAUUCUAAGAAAACCCGUUGAAGCAUCGUGGUACUUGAUUGCAUUUGAGAACAUGCCUGAAUAAAACUGAAUGUUUAACUCCUAAGCUUUUUUUUUUAAAGACUGUGUCCCCUGUAGCUGUAAGACAG